AUGGCUGCUGCGGUGGUGGGAGGAUCAUUCCUCUCGGCUUUCCUCCAAGUCCUGUUUGACAGGAUGGCAUCUCCGCACUUCCUUGGCUUCUGCAAGCGGCAAAACCUCAACGACAAGUUGCUGAGAAAGCUCAAGACCCUGCUUAAUUCUGUCAACGGAGUUCUCGACGAUGCCGAGGAGAAGCAGAUCAUCAAGCCCUCGGUGGAGAAAUGGCUCAACGAGCUCAAGGAUGCUGUCUACGAAGCGGAUGACUUACUGGACGAGAUUGGGUAUGAAGCUCUCAGAUCAGAAGCAGAAUCAGAAUCAGAAUCUGCAGCUCAGACCAACCCAAGAAAGGUAUGGAACCUCUUAGCUUCUUACAACCCAUUUCAGAAAGGUAGCGAGGAGAAGUUGAAAGAUGUCAUUGAGAGACUGCAAGACCUAGUUAGCCAGCUGGAUGCCCUUGGUUUGACCAGUGGCAGUGGGAGGAAGCAGUCACUGCUCAGAAUACCCACAACUUCUCUUGUACAGGAAUGUGAUGUCUAUGGCAGGGAUGCCGAUAAGGAAGCCAUUGUCGAUCGACUGAUUUCAGACGAUCCAAGGAGUGGUGAUUUAGAGGUUGUUUUGAUUGUGGGGAUGGGUGGGAUUGGUAAGACCACUCUAGCUCAGCUCGUGUAUAAUGAUGAGAGGAUUAAGGAUAGAUUUGGUUAUCAGGCAUGGGUUUGUGUUUCUGAAGAAUACGACGUGUUCAGGGUUACCAAAGAUGUGAUUGAAGAGGUGACUCGGCAAGCCUGUGACAUCCGCACCUUUAAUCAGCUUCAGCUUGAGUUGAAAAGGAUUUUGAAAGGCCAGAGGUUUCUACUUGUUCUUGAUGAUGUUUGGAUUGACGAGGAUGGGAAAUGGGACAUGUUGCAGAUGCCAUUCAAGUCUGGGGCUAAAGGAAGCAAGGUUAUAGUGACCACACGCAACCAAAAUGUUGCUUCAGUCAUGGGAACCCGCUCCAUUUAUCACCUGAAUCAGCUUGAUAAUGAUGACUGCUGGCUGUUGUUUUCAAGACAUGCAUUUGGUGAUGCUGAUGAGUUUGCUGAUCACCCUCAUCUGGAAGUAGUUGGUCGAGAAGUAGUAAGAAAGUGCAAAGGCAUACCUUUAGCUGCAAAAACACUUGGAGGUCUCUUGCACUCAGAAAGAGAUGUCUACAAAUGGGAGAAGGUCCUGAAUAGCAAUCUAUGGGACUUGUCAAGUAACAAGAUUCUCCCGGCACUAAAGUUGAGCUAUUAUUAUCUUCCCUCUCAUCUCAAACGAUGCUUUGCUUACUGUGCUCUUUUUCCAGAGGAUUAUGAGUUCAGGAAGGAUGAAUUGGUCCUUUUAUGGAUGGCGAAGGGGUUUCUGAUUCAGCCUGGAGGGCAUAGUAAUUUUGAAGAAAUAGGAGAGCAGUACCUUCAUGAUCUUAUCUCGAGAUCCCUUUUUCAGCAAUCAAUUAUUGAUAAAUCUUGUUUCACAAUGCACGACCUUAUCCAUGACUUAGCCAAAUUUGUGUCGGGGGAGUUGUGCUUCAGGUUAGAGGGCAGUGACUCGUGGAAGGUUUCUCAAAUGACUCGUCAUGUGUCACUUGAAACCGCUUGUUACAGUCCAUCCGUACAGUUUGAGGCCAUCAGCAGAUAUCCUUCUUUGCGUACUUUCCUUCCUCUCCAUCGAGGAUGGAGGACUCAAUCUAUUGAAGGUGAGGUAGUGAACAAUCUACUAUCUUCACUUAAGCGCUUGAGAGUACUGUCUUUUUCUGGUUAUGAUGUGGCUGAGUUGUCAGUUUCAGUAGGCGGCUUGAAACACUUGAGAUAUCUUAAUCUAUCAGGAACGCAUAUAGAGAAGCUGUAUGAUUCAGUGAGCAGCUUAUACAAUUUGCAGACUCUGAUAUUGAAUGACUGCAGAAAGCUAACUCUUUUGCCUGAUUCAUUUGGCAAGUUAAAGCAGCUGCAGCACUUGAAUAUCUUUCGAACAUCAAUAAGGAAUUUACCUGAAUCUUUCAGCUGCUUAAUCAACUUACAUUAUCUUAACAAUGGAGAGACAAAACUGAAGGAGAUGCCGUCACAAAUGGGUAAACUCUCAAACCUCAGGAAGUUGACUGAUUUUGUUCUUGGUAAAGGAAGCGGAUCUACUAUUAAGGAGUUGGGACAGCUUCAUUAUCUUCAUGAAUCACUUACUAUAUGGAAUCUUCAGUUUGUUAAUGAUGUUCGAGAUGCUUCUCUGGCUAAUUUGAAAGGAAAGAAAUACCUUAAGUUACUAAAGUUUGUCUGGAACAGUAACACAGAUGAUUCAGUACAUGAAAGAGUUGUUUUGGAGCAGUUGCAGCCAACUACAAACUUAGAGAGUCUUUCCAUCAUUGGUUAUGGAGGAACAAGGUUUGCUGAUUGGCUAGGACACUUUUCUUUCUCAACCAUGGCAUCUAUUGAACUGAGGGGGUGUAAGCAUUGCUCCUCCUUACCGCCACUUGGCCAAUUAGGCUCCUUAAAGAACCUCUCAAUUGUAGCAUUUGAUGCUGUUUUAGCUGUAGGACCCGAAUUCUACGGGAGCUCGCCUAUGGGGAAGAAAUCAUUUGGAUCUUUGAAAACUCUGCUCUUCGAAAAGAUGGAAAAUUGGCAAGAGUGGAAUAGUGCUGGCCGAAUUGGAAGUGGAGCAUUCCCUGUCCUCGAACAGCUUUACAUAAAAGACUGUCCGAACCUUUCCAAAGCAAUGCCUAGCAAGCUCCCUUGCUUGGAGACCCUAGUUAUUGAGGGGUGCCAGCAACUAAACAUGGCUACAAUUCCAAGUGAUCGGGCCACCUACUGCAUGCAUUUAGUGGAUGAUCACCGAGAUGUGUGGUUGAACAGAUUUGCUACUAUUAGGCCACAACACCUUCAAGUUGUUAGAUUCUUCUGUCAUCAUCCGCCUCGGCAAAGUUUGGAGCUAGUAAAUGGCCUUUCCACUGCUUUAGAAGAGAUUGAGAUUUGUAGAUCUAACUCACUGACACACUUUCCUCUCCACGCGUUCCCCAAACUAAAGAUGCUCUCCCUCCGUUACUGUGAUAGUCUAGAGUCCCUUUUAGAACUUACAGACAGCACAAUUAACAGUGAUGCUAGUUCUCUAGACUCCUUGGAAGUUUCCAACUGUCCCAAUUUGGUGUCAUUUCCAAAGGGUGGGUUGCUUGCCCCAAACUUGACACAACUACUGUUGCAAAGUUGCUUGAAGCUGAAGUCACUCCCUGAAAAGAUGCACUCACUGAUCCCUUCUCUUCUGCUACUGCGAUUAACUGACUGUCCGGAACUUGAGUCUUUUCCUGAAGGGGGUCUGCCCUCCAAGCUACAAUCACUUGAGAUAUAUGAUUGCAGUAAGCUCAUAGCGUGGCGUCGGAAUUGGAAACUGCAGUCACUACCUGCACUCUUGCACUUGUACAUUGGUUCGGACAUAGCAAUGGAAUCCUUUCCUCAUGAUGAGGCAAUGCUGCCUCCUACUCUGACAUCACUUGAAAUUAGUGAUCUGCAAAAUCUCAAGUCUCUUGACACCAGAUGUUUUCGACACCUCACCUCUCUCGAAAGACUGAAGAUCAAGAACUGCCCUGAGCUUGAAUUCAUACCAAAUGAGAAGCUUCCAUCUUCUCUUCGUCUUUUAUCUAUAAUCAUGUGCCCAUUGCUAAGGCUAAGAUGUCAACAAGAGAAGGGGGAACUUUGGCCUAUGAUUUCUCAUAUUCGUGACAUAUUUGUCUACUGA